AUCUUUACUUAUGUGCUGUGUAGCGUAGGUUAUUUCCUCUUUUAUUCGCUGUCUCUCUCUCUCUCGCCAUUUGUUUCACAGUUUUCUGCAAACUAGUCAAAUCAAAACAACCUUCUUUUGCCCCUUUUCUCCUUCCUCACUCUCCACAACUCCACUUUCAAUCCCUAAAAAGCUUCCUUCUUUUCAUCUCCUUUUCAACUUCUAUGCUUCUGUUGACGAUUUCUGGUGGUGCCGUUGACGAUAUAAAUAACUCUUGGAAGAAAUAUCUACCAGAAACUUUCUAGGUGGUGAUCAUAAAAUGCAGUUAUAUCAUCAUCCAUUUGAUUUGGAUAGCCAGAAGGUGAGACUUGCAUUAGAAGAAAAGGGAAUUGAUUAUACAUCUUUCCAUGCCAAUCCUGUAACUGGCAAGAACUUGGAUUCGACGCUCUUCCAGAUGAAUCCCAGCGGAAGCCUCCCUGUUUUCCAAAACGGGUCUCACAUCAUUUACAAGACUAUUGAUAUAAUUCAGUACAUAGAAAGAAUUGCUGUGGUCUCUGCAGGGUCUGAGGAUAUCAGUAGUAAUAGGAAGGAAGUGAUUGAAUGGAUGCAGAAGAUACAAGAAUGGAAUCCUAAAUAUUUUACUCUUUCGCAUAUACCGGACAAACACCUAGUUUAUGUUUCCAAGUUCAUAAGGCGUGUGGUGAUAGCUCGUAUGUCGGAGUCUCCUGAAUUAGCAGGUGCAUAUCAUAGGAAGUUGAGAGAAGCCUAUCAAACCGACGAAAAAUUAAAAGACCCUGAUGUUUUGAGAAGGAGCAAGGAGCAUUUGGUUAGACUGCUUGAUGAAGCCGAAAGACAACUGAGUGAAACGCCUUAUUUGGCAGGUGAAGAGUUUACGAUGGCCGAUGUGAUGCUCAUUCCGAUUUUGGCUCGUUUGAAACUCUUGGAUUUAGAGAAUGAGUACAUAACUGGGAGGCCAAACAUUGCUGAGUAUUGGAUUUUGGUUCAGCAGAGACCUAGUUAUAAAAAGGUCAUUGGUAAGCAUUUUGAUGGUUGGAGAAAGCACAAAACAUUGUUCAAAACUUGGUGCUUUGUUCGUAUUAGAAGUUUGCUUAAGAGGUACUAGUGAGGUGCAUAUAUAAACUCAAGGUUGUUAAAAAAUGGUUGAAUAAGUAAAUACAUCAAAGUACUUUUUCUGUGUUGUAGAUAAGGCAGGUUUCUAAGAAACCAUUAGCUAUCUUUUUAUUUUUCUUGAAAUAGAAGGGGGGGUCCAUUUUUCUUUCUCCCUUACCCUUUGGUGCUUGCAUUUACUCUAGAAUGAGAUAAGAGGGAAAUCAAAGUGUGUUAUGUUAGUGGUUUGUCUCCAAAAAUUCAUUGGACUCAGUACUAAAACAAUCCAGUGUUGCAUUCUACUUUAUUGUCAAAAGAAAAGAAGAGGCAAAUUUGUGUGUA